GUGGGAGUUGACAUGGAUCCCAUUAUGUAUAAAACCCAGCACAUCUCCUUGCAUCUUCGUUUGUGGAUGUUCGACUAAGACGAAAUCUAAGGAAAUCAUUUAACAGGUUCCUAUACAAACUCAACUUAAGACAAUGGAGACUAUGAACGAGAUCAUUCCUUUCGCUAAAGAGAUCCUGAGCCAGAGGCCCAGUCGGGGCAUGAUGAAGGUGUACCUGCUGGGUUCUACCCUGGCAUUGUUUGGAGUGGUCGGUGGGCUGGUGGAAACGGUCUGCAUGCCAUUUUGUGAUCAGGAUCCAUUAGACGAGGAAAUGAUCAAGCUGAUCACAGAGGAGAAGAAGAGGCAAAUGCUGGAGCCAGAGAUAAUCACUGACGAGCCUGAUGUUGUGGAUGAGUUGCAAACGGAGAUUGAUGCUAAGAAGCCACUGGAAAGUCGUCAGAGGAGGGCGUCUAUCAGGUCACAUGCCUGUUGAAGAUGCACUGCAACUCCUUCUCACGUUGAUUGAACUCUACACACACUAAUGAAAACCAACACUUAGAACACAAAAUGUUGUGAAAUAAGCUAAAUUCACCUGGCAAUCAAAAGGGAUUGCACUUGGUGAUUUUAUCAUGAUAAUUUGGCCAUGUUUAGGGACACCUUGACGUAUUAGCAAUGAGAAGAGAAGAGACUGAAUGGAUGGAUGGAUGGAUGGAUGGAUGGACCGAUGCAACAACAGGCUACAGUUAUGACUGGCUGCUGGGCAGCAGAAGCUUUAUGACUGAUUGAGAAUUUGUAUUUUCUUUUGGCAACCUAAUAAACCUAUUUUAUGUUA